AUUAGCAGGACCUCUUAAAACAAUGCCACUGAGUUUUUAACAUAAAUUAGAUGCUAAUAGUGACACUUUACUUUCUUAGGAAACAAUAAAAUGACAUGCUGCAUGUAAGACCUGAAAGUGUGAUGAAGUGUAAAGAAGAUGAAGUUCAACGAGCAGCAGAUUCUCCAUCUUGCAGUUUGGGCCAAAGUAGCUGCACAUAAACAUGGGUACUUAUACAAGAAAAGUGGCAAAAAGAACACUCUGCCUGACCAUGCUGCAGUGCGCUGGCAAAAGAGAUGGUGUGUUGUGUAUUUUAACAUGUUUUUUUACUUUGAAAAUCACAACUCAUUAAAACCUCAGGGUGUAGUAUUCCUAGAAGGAGCAAAGAGUGAAGUUGUUCAAACAGCAGAUAAGGAUAUGUUUUGUUUCACCAUUGGAAUUCCAACAGAUGAUCAACGUCAAUUUCUCUUUGGAUGUGAAUCUGAAAAGGAACAAUUAGCAUGGAUUUUGGCAGCCUCUGCAACAUGUGGAGAAGAGUUGGUCAAGGAGAGAAAAAACAGCGAAAUCAAAAUGGCUGAGUUGGUAGAGCAGGUGCAGGUGUUGAAAGAUGAAAAGGAAAGAUUGCGACAAGAUUUAUCAAAUCAAUGGUCACAAGUGACAAGGUUAAAACAAGAGUUGAGUAGUAUUCGUGAAAGAAGUAACAGCAAAAUUGCAAGGUCGAUCAGCGAAACUGCAAAAACAUACACAACAUCGAGUUCAAUAUCAGAAAUGAAAGAAAAAGAAUAUUCUGCUUCAGACAUAGCUAAACUUGCAAAGCUCCAAGCAAAAGUUCGCUCGUGGUUAACAAGUAGACGAUGGAAUGGUUUCAUAAAAUCAUACAUUCAAUCAUUUGGUGCAUCAAAUCUUAACAAAAGAAACAAACUGCUUUUACAAUUUAUCGCUACAGAAGAAGAUUACUUGCAACAAAUGAAUGUGUUAACAUCAACUUUUCUUGCGCCAAUGAAAAAAGUAGCAUAUUUUCAUAACGCUGCUAUAACCACUGACGAGCUAAAGAAAAUAUUUUGCAACAGUGAAUCUAUUUUGGUGCUGCACCAAGUGUUCAUGAAAGGUAUGGAAGUUCGGAUGAAGAAUUGGCCAGCUAUUCAAAUAGAUGACAUUCUAUUCGCUGUGGUGACCGUAGUGCCCAUAUAUAUCGAAUAUAUAAAGAAUAUAGCCACAGCAUUUAAGACUCUGGCUGAAUGCAAGAGGCGUCCUGAAUUUGUGAAGCAGUUGAGAUGGUAUGAGAGCAAAUCGGAGUGCAAUGGUCAAACUGUGGAGCAGUUCUUGCACUAUCCCAUUCGUGUGAUUCCGAAUUAUAUUCGUAAUAUUCACGACAUCCUUGAAGUAACGCCAGCCGACCAUGUGGAGCGGAAAGCAUUGGAAAUAAUUUUAGAGAAGUUGCAGGAGGCGCAGACCUACAACCAUUUUCUGGAUGAAGGUGAAAACCUGCGACACACGCUGGAAAUUGAAAGGUUGAUCGAAGGCGGAUGCCAUCUUUUACUGACAGAAAAUCAAAAGUUUGUUCGUCACGGAGUAUUAAAGCAACUUGGUGUGGACUCGCGUUUUGCUUCGUUAAAGAAAGAGAAAGUUCGGCAUUGCUUUCUUUUCAGUCAUCAUCUUAUCAUCGCAUCAAGAACUGUAGAUGGCAGACUGCGACUUUCAAAACAUUGUGGUUCAAUUCCUCUCUGCAUGGCAACAUUGGAAGAGGACGUCGUGAAGUCCUCCUACCCAGAACACAUGAACAAUCGAGCCUUCACACUCAACAUCAACGCAUGCGGUAAUGAGUCAGUCAGUGAACCAUAUUCCGUGACGCUAAUGGCGACAAAGGCUAUUGAGAAGGCCGUUUGGACAUCUGAUAUUAGUCAGUGCAUUUAUAAUUUGGCACUUGAAGAAGACAGCAUCAGCGAUGAAGAAGUAAGCAAAACUCAACCAGACUGCAGUGUGAAACACGAUGAAGAAACCAGAGAUGUUUUACUUUUCGAUGUAAAACAAGAAGAGUAUACAGUGUUGCCUCUUAAAGAUGACGCACGGCUACGCGAAGAUUCUCACGACAUCAAGUAUGGCGACGAAUUGGUUGGUCCUUACCACCUCCCGCAGAUCAUGCACGGCAGUGUCGAUCGCCUUAUUGAACGAUUAUCAGAUCCAAGACUUCCAGGCGCCGACUUUAUGGAGACGUUUUUGUUGACGUACCGAGCUUUUACGAGUGGUAAGGAAGUGAUGGAAGGGUUGAUAAGCGCUUACUGGAAGGUGAUGGGUGGUCGACCUUCGCCACCAAAAGUUGAUUCGCCAGACAGAAAAAAAUUAGCUGUGAGUCGUGUGAGUCGUGUUCGGAGCAUUCUUAGUACGUCGAGCUUUUCAUCGAUGGAAGAUUUGGAAGCUUCGUUUAACUCCUCCGCAUCUCCAUUCGCUUCCACUACUGUAUUCAACUAUAACACGCUAAAAGAACAUUUAAAUUCGCCGGCGAAAAAAGCUGCAGCCACCACAAAGUGGUGCGCCGAUUCUGCUGCUGUGAACAGCGAAACAGAGAGCCUAUCAUCCCAACCACUGCGGAGGAGUGCCUCGGCCUGUAAUGUGUUUAUCGAGCAAACGAACGCAACGGAGAAAAUUUCUCGUUCUCAAAGUGUAGAGGUCAUCGCCCAACCACAGGUCGAUCAAACGUCGGAAAAUGAUAACUCUCCGAAUACAUUCGCCAAAUGCCGUUCUUGUGAUGUGUUGGCUGAUGGUUUUCCUACCGACGACACUGCUACGAGAAUUAUUCGUGUAUCGCAUUUAAGCGACACCACAAAACGAACAGAAAACUCGCCUACUAUAAACGACUUUUUAAUUUCAGGCGCUAGUAAUGCCGGUGAAGAAAAAGACAACGAUGUUUCGAUGGUGGUAUCAGAGUUUGAUAGCUCGUGUAACUAUGACACUAACUCAAAUAAAAAUACAAGUAUGCAAGUACAAAUUGACGAGCAAAGUUUUACGCAACGCAACGGUACUGUGCAGUUAGAAGACUUAGUUGAACAAGACUGUUACGACGAGUUGGAUGAGCGAGAUGAAGAAAAGGAUGUAAGUUCGGAACUGAACGAUGAAAGAGUUUCAAUCAGCACGAAAUCCGAAAGCAUGUCUGGAAUAUCAGAUGAAUUUAGUAGAACGAACAGUAACGCUAGUCAUAUCGGAAUUACUGAUGAUCUGAAUCAAUCAAGUACGUUUGAUAAUACAGACAGCUCCGUCGAUCUAGAUUGUACAAGUACUCUUGAUAGCGUACAGUCUAUUGAAAGUACUCUGGACAUUACAGUUGACAGGCGAUCGGCUACUGUGCUAGUUCCGCACAGUCACAGCGAUGAAGUGAUCUGUAAGAAACGAAGCACGUCCGAGCUGAACUUGCCAAGCAAAAGCAACUCGCUUGACCAAAAGAAAGCCUUUACUUCGCCAUAUUUUCGAAGAAAGAAGAAGGAGAAGAAGAAGAAAGAAAAGGACGGCAAACAUCGCUCGGCGUCAGAUCCAAAUAACGAUAUGCCCGUUCUGUUGAACAUAAAAAAUCGUCGUACUGGUGUAAGUUUUAAUAGGUCGGAAUCUUAUUACGACACGACAAAUGAGGUGCACGAAGAAGAAUCGCCUGACGUUGACAACGACAUAAAAUUUAGAAGAAAACCGCUCUCCUCCACGUCGAGUUUACCCAUGUCUCCUUCUGUUCCCACUAUUCACGUUAAACAGCCUUCGCCAGACGGGACUCCGAAAAGAAAACGCUCUAUCUUUUUAGGCUCGUUCCACAGCCCGUUCAAAAAGGGUGGAUUAAAACGUUCUUCAUCGGAACAGGCUCUAUCUAUAACAGAACAACUAAAAAGAGGGUUAAGAUCGAACUUAAGUACUAGCACGAUUAGUCUUGAAGAAAAACAUGGCAGAACGUCUUCAAAUGGUAGUGUAACCGCACUUGCUGUAGAUAGUAAAGACGUUAAAGCCAUAGAUGCUGACGCAAUGAGUAUACAAAGCAUGCCGGGAGAUAAUUUAAACAUAUCAAUUAAAGGUGAUCGCACGUUUGGUAAAAAGAAGAAGAUAAAAACACCUAUAAAACAUUUAAGUAUGUUCAGUCCACCAAAGGAAGCGAGCCGACCCACCAGGCGAAAGACGUCCGUGUUUGAGCAGGGACGGCCUCCCGCCGCGAUGAGGAAAACUGUUUCCGUCAAUCGUGGACCUUUGAAAAUCAUGAGUAUUUUUAAACAUUGGUUGGCGAAGCAUCCGAAGGAUUUUAUCGAAGACCCUGAGAUGAUUACGGGCUUGCAUGAUUUUUUUAACGACAUCAAAGCAGACACGCGCACGCUUCCUGUGGUGAAAGAAAUCGUAGCUAGCCUGGAGAAAUCGCUUGUCGCACAUCGCAAAUCUAUGGCAACCGUUCACCCAUUUGACGAGUUGUUGCUACAGCAACACAAUACAGAACAACAAAACGAUGUCAACCACAAUCUCGGCAUGAUGGAGAUAAAACCGCUGGAGACUUAUUCGUAUCAACUUGUUGCAGAGAAUAUGACCCUCCUCGAGCACUAUCUAUACGCUAAAAUCUCCUUCAAUGAGUUUGUUUGUUGUCAGUGGACGAAAAAAGACAAAGAGAUAAGGGCUCCUGGCAUUAUGAAGUUUAUUAAAAGGUUUAACCAGGUGACGAACAUGAUCAGUUACAAUGUCGUCCACGGCGAGUCUCCGCAAAAAAGAGCAUCCAUGAUUGGAUUUUGGAUACGCGUCGCUGCGCACUGUCGUGAUUUGAACAGUUUUAAUGCUAUUAUGGAGAUAGUAAGUGGACUGAACGCCAGUCCCGUGCACAGGUUAAAGAAAUCCUGGGAACUAGUGCCUAGACCUUUGAGAGAAGUGUUUACCGACCUCGGGACGUUAGUCAGCGCUGAUCGUUCAUUCAAACAACUACGCGAAGCUGUUCAUAUGUGCAACCCUCCAUGUGUACCAUAUCUUGGUAGUUACCUAUCCGAUCUACUGUUCGCACAUGAAGGUGGAAAAACUCUCAACGAAGAUGGACUUGUCAAUUUCGCAAAAAUGUGCAGGAUCUCAAGGAGCAUGCGCGAGGUAAAGUGCUACCAGCAGCUGCCGUAUACUUUAAACUUGGAUAGAGAGGUAUCGUUUGCGUUGGUAAAUUUUAAUAAAUCCGUUAAUGAAGAUAUGUUAUACGAACAAUCUUUACUCGCUGAGCCAAGAGGUAGCUGAUAUUCUAUGGCCAAUAAAAAUUUAGUCUUACACGACUGUUUGAUAUUGUUGAUAUUGAUAUGUUGUUUUCCGUAAUCAAAAUAGCGACUAGAGUUGUGAGUUUGGCGUAUACUUAUCGCUGUUUAACAGCUUUUUUUACUUUUCCAAAUGUUUAAUUCGUCAAGUUUUCGAAAAUACGUCAUCUGCGAUCAUUUUUGUAAAAGACGCAAGUUUUUUUUCAAUGAAAGUAACCAAAUACACUGCGGACUUUGUGUGGUGCAUAUCCCACCCCACAGGAGCCCUCACUUCUAAGGAGGGAAAUUUUGAAAUGGAGCAAUGUCUAAUUUAAAAUCGGAGGCCCACGCCCUCUUUCGAAUAUAUUUUUUACAAACCUUUUUUAUCAAUAUGUAUGUUUUAUACGAAGAAAAUAUUUUUAUCAUAAAGUUUAUACUGGCUAACAUAAAUUAACGCCUUUAUCUAUAAAGCUUGGUUUCCACCAACAAAAAAUUGUUUAACAAAGAGAUAUUGCACAACAUAAGUACGAAUAUUACGGAAACCGAGUUUUUGGUAGUGUCAACGGAAGGUUUUACGACAAUUUUUCAUACGUUGUAAUUAUUUCUUGCAUAAUUUCACAUCAUAUUUUCUUGAUUAUGAGAGGUCAGAUAAUUUAUUUACUUUUAAAAAUUAUAUGAAGCCGAAGAAGAAGCUAUCACAACCUCGUCCCAGGUAUGUGUGAAAUAAAUAAAAAAUAAUAAAUGGGGACUAGGUUUUGCAUUUGCACCAAUAUUUUUUAAACAAAUAUUAUAUGAAAGGUUUAUAUAUAUAUAUAGGGUAUACAUAUAUAAAUAUAAAAGAGAAGGAACAACGCACUAGGUAAGUACCAUUUUUUUAAAUAACUCAUAAAAGCUUGGAAUGGAAUUAAUUUAAAAUGCAAACGAAUUUCUACAUCUAUAAUUGUAAAUAUCUUUAUUGACUAUAUAUAUUUUAUAUAUUAUGUUUAAAAGAUGGAUUUUUUUUCAA